GUGUGACAUCUUUGGUUCUCAGAUUUUUAAAAUGACAGAUUGCAUCAAGAAGCAGCUAUUUGCGGAAAAAGCAUCUGACCACAAAACUUUGACUGUUUCCUCAACUGAGAUUUUGUGUGUAGGAAAGUGGUGUCGAGUAACAGCUGAAUGAAGAGUUCUGGAGAAUUAAGUAAGCCUCGCUCGGCUAUGACAUGAGUGAUGAGUAAUUAUAGACUAGCUCGGGUUUAAGAAUAGACUGCAGCUGGUGGCAUCAUUUCACGGGUUUGGACAGUCCAUCUUAAGGUGGAUCAUCUUCCCCAGGUCACAACGUGGAUGUCAAAAUCAUGCUUGAGGUCGAUCUAAAAGCAUUGUGGACAUGGUUGUAGGCAAAUUGCUCCCUCAGUUGUGAAAUUUACCAAACUUGUUAAUGGUAAAGCUGAAACCUUUUGUCCAAAGUUGGACAAUCAGGUGAUUAUCAGUGAUAGAACAUCUUGGUAUUGUUUGUGCUAUUCUUUUUGUUAAAAUAUGGCCAUGCCAUUAGUUUCUCAUUGAGGAAACAUAGCUCUUUGUAAAAUAAAUAUUGCGGUUGAGAAUGAAGGGGGUUUCCAUUAUCUCAGCUGCACACGCAUCUUCUAAAAAUGACAAGGUGUCACCUUACUGUGGAUAUUUAUAACGCUGAAUUCAUGGUGAGUUGGUUUGGUGCCUCCUUCCAACCCCUCUGCCCUCUUUUCCAGUCAAUCCCUGUGUGUCUGGCCUUUGAACCUUGUGUUCCCUAUAUACAGGAAGGGUGGAGCUUCUAUAUUCUCCAGAACGUCCAUGAAGCUCAAGUCAGAGGGCGAGUCUGUCUCAUCCAAGUGUCUUCCAGGGCCCACCACGGCCCCACGAUCCAGUAACCCAUCCUAUAACCCAAUACCCCCUUGUGCACCAACAGAGAUCCACCAAAGCAGGACCUGAGACCUUCAGCAGUUCUAGUCUAGAAACAAGCAUGGCCGACAAACCGGGACUGGCAGGUGUGGCGGAUGAGCCCAGUGCCCUGAACAUCUUCACUCUGUUGGAGAGGGUGUCCGGGAUCAUAGACAAUGUGCAAGCAUGCCAGCAACGCAUGGAGGAGAGGCAGCUGGAGCUGGAGAACAGCGUGAAGACCAUCCAGGUGGACGUGGUGAAGUUGACGAAGGAGCACACGGCGACUAGUAGCACCGUGGAGAAACUUCUAGCGAAAACACGCAAGGUCAGCUGCCACGUCAAGGACGUCCGUGUACGAGUGGAGAAGCAGAACAUACGUGUCAAGAAGGUGGAGGAAACCCAAGUCGAGCUGCUGAACAAAAACAAGUUCCGUGUUGUCAUCUACCAGGGAGAUAACGAGGUCCCAGCUGUAGCUGCUCCUAAAGCAUCUCCGAAGGGAGCAAUGGGUGGAGACGCUCCCAUAGACCCAGAUGCCCCGGAGGCUCCGCUUCCCGACUCAGAUGAGGAAUACAUGGUCGUUGAGGAGGCCGACUCGUCUACUGCUGCCAAACUAAAGAAGACCGGCCUGAAGCGCUUUGAAAGCCUGAAGCAGACCUUCUCCCGUGAGAACAUGACUAAGACCAAAGAGAAUCUGGGUACCAAGGUCAACAAGCUGGGUGAGCGCAUAGUAACAGCAGAACGACGUGAGAAAAUCCGCCAGUCUGGGGAACGGCUGAAACAGUCUGGUGAGCGUUUCAAGGAAACCAUCACAAAAACCGUGCCAGCAAAACUCAACCUGAAGAAGGAAAGGACGGUGGCUGAAGGUCAGGAGGGAGCUGAAGGGACCACGGAAGGAACAGCACCCAUCCCACCACCGAAGGGCCGCAAGGCCAGCCCUGGUGUGGCCUACUCAGAGCCAACGGAGAAACAAGAAGGUCCAGAUGAGGGCAAGGGCGAGGAAUCGGAAGUGCCAAUGUAUGAUAUGAAGCAGCUUUCUUAAGCUGCAAGCCUUGACAGUCACAUUUGGGAAAGACAAUUGUACAGAUAUGAAUUUGAUUAUGGAGAACUUGAAGGUGGAAAAAUUGGGAAAAUCAGAGAUCUUGCUUCUAAGCAUGAAUUAGUGGAUGGUUCUUACGACAACUGAAUGAACGAAAUAAGGAAGUUAUACAUUACAAACAAUACCCAGAGUAUUUUUUUUUUUUGUGAUUUUCUUGUUUACAUCUAUUAUGGACUAUGAAGGGUUAUGAAUGCUAAAUAAAUGUACUGAGAUGACUAGGCUAUGGUUUUCAAUUUAAGUUAAUCUAAAAACAUGGUGCACUCAGUGAUUUUCUUUGUCUUUAUACUGCCACCUAUGGGAGUGGAUGCAGCAUCAUGAAAAUUCAAGGUAGGAGAUGAUAAAAGACCCAGUUCAUGCAGAAUAAAACAGAUUUUUUGUAAGACACUGAUGUCUAUAUUCAUUCUUCAGGGGUAAAUGUUGAGGAAAAGUGACUGAGUGCACCUUUUACGAAUUGACAUUAUCUGUUAGGUGUGUGUAAAAAUAUUUGUAAGAAAUUUCUCUGAAUAGCGGAAUUUACAAAUGAUUCAAAGAGUGCAUUUUGGGAUUUUUCUGGAGAACUUCACAUAUAUUGUGGUGUGGACUGACAUCCAGCAUGUCAAGAGUGAAUGAGUUUAGAAUUAAAUUUAGAUGUUGUAGUGUUUUUUGGAAUAUAACUACCUGUGCAGACAAGUCAUUUAUAAACAAUAUUUUUCUGUUCCAUUCUGUGUAAACUCUGAAAAACAACUUUUGCAGUCUAAAUUUUUAAAUAAACAUAUUAACUCAAUCAGCUGGUUUCUGAAGAGUUUCUGGUAGAAAUGCAUUUAGUGUAUUAGUAAUCAAGACUCAUUUAAAAGAGCUUUGCAAUCAGUCUGACUUCUAAGGAUCUCAGUAGUAAAAUAAAGUGUUGCUGUAUGGAACUUUUUUCCUUUUAUGCAGGUGUCUAACCUUUUUUUAUUGGGGGAUGGAGAAAAUCAUCACAGACAACAUGGUUGUAAUGACAAUAAAAAUCCUGGACUGGCACCAUGA